AUGGGACAAUACGACAGAAAAGCACAAUCGCAAAGGAAACAUGGACCCAUCCUCAGCAGCAGCACCUCCAAAGCACCAGCCCGCCCCCCACCAAUCGCAAAACCAGAAUGGAGAGGUUCAGGCUACAUGAAAAAAGCAAAAGCAAAAGUCCACCUCGAUGGACCCAAAGAUGCACCGUUACCUCAGGAUCAAUUAUUACCUGUAGAAUUGCAGCAAUUGAUGUUGAAUAUUUUCCAAAACUCAUUUGCUGCAAGUGAGGACUUUGAGGAAUUGAAGGAGCUUUUGAGGGAGGUUAAUGAGGCGUUGUUGGAGAGGGAUUUGGAGACGGCGUUUGGGAGUGAGGAGAAGAGGGAGGGGUAUGCGUUGAGAUGGUCGCCGAGUAGAGCUUUGGCUUAUGCGAAUGUCAUGGCGGAGUUUGCUGAGCAGAGGGCAGAGGAUGAGUGGGUGCAAAGGCUCUCCGAUGCAACAUCACAGAGUAAGACGAAAGCUCUCUGCUUCGGUGGAGGAGCAGCUGAAUUGGUGGCAUUUGCUGGAUUUUUGCGCCAUCUUCGGCCCGACGCUGUUGGCAAACCACAAGGAGAAAUCGACACCAAUGAGGAGCCCACGGCCAAAGCAUCAACACCAAUCCUGGAUCUACAGCUCAUCGACUCAGCAGACUGGUCUUCUGUAAUCUCGAAACUCGAAACGAGUGCAACAACACCACCCCCAUUGUCUAAAUACGCAUCCGCAUCGGCCAGAGCAGCAAACACAGCUCUCGUCAACCCAUCAACUCUGAACGUCACAUUUACUAAGUCCGACAUCUUCACCCUCAGCACUGCUCAGCUCCAAGAGAUCAUCGGCACAGAGCCAGUGUUGGUAACUCUCUUCCUAACCCUAAACGACCUCUACAACACCUCCAUCCCCCGCACAACCACUUUCCUGCGCAAACUAGACACCCUCCUCCCUGUAGGCAGCACACUCCUCAUCCUCGACACCAUUGCCGCUACCGCCUCCUCACCCGUCCCCGACUCCGACGAGACCACCGAAUAUUCCAUGCAAUGGCUAGUCGACAGAGUGCUUCUAGGCAAACCAAUCGAACCAGCUCCCAUCGGCAAAGGCAAAAAGGAAACCGAAGAGUACGAAAAGAAUUUGCCGAUUGUGAGAUGGGAGAAGAUUGUAGCAGAGGAAAUGAAGGUUAAUAGAUUAGAGGAGAAGUUGAGGUAUCCGGGCAGUUUGGAAAAUGUGAGGUAUCAGGUGCUUGGGUUCAGCAGAGUUUAG